GGAGCGUCCAGCCUCCUGCUCAUUGAGAGAAAGAGGAAAUACUCCGGGCUCUGUUUUCUUCUUUCAGAAGGAGAAAAAGACACCCCCCCCCCCCCCGCCCCCAGCCCCGACCCGGAGGGGUGAUUAGCAGCAGCGAUCGGCGGGCCCCUCUGCUCUGGAUUUUCCUCUUUCCCUCCUCCCCCCCUACACACACACACACACACACACACAAACCUUUUUUUUUUUUCUGGUGGUUUGCAAAGUGGACUGGAACCGUUUGGAAGGGGAAAGUUUGCUGUAGGGCUGGAUUUAUUUGCAAACCGCAGGAAGAAGAAAAUACAAGGGAGAGAGUGUCUGGUGCCGAGCCGAGAUCACGGAGUUCAGAUGUGUUCUAAGCCUGCCGGAGUGAUCACUCUUCAGGUCCCUGAUGGAGACGAGAGCUCAGAACGGCAGUGGGUCUCAGCCCUUGCUUCAGGCUCACCGUGACAGCGGGAGGCAGCAUGGGGAGCCUGACCCGAGAGAUGCUCUCGCCCAGGGGGUUCACGUGUUGUCCCUGGACCAGAUCCGAGCCAUCCGAAACACCAACGAGUACACCGAGGGACCCACGGUGGCCCCGCGGCCGGGGGGCAGGGCCGCCGCCCGCCCUGCCGCUCAGCCCAAAAGCGAGAGGCCACCGGGCUUGGCCGACCACCGCCAGCUUCACCGGGUCCAGCACUCCCAGAUCCAGCAGUCAGCUCGAGCUCCCCUGUCCCGGUCCAUCAGCGCUGUCAGCACGGGGUCCCGGAGCAGUACAAGGACGAGUACCAGUAGCGGGUCCUCGGAGCACAGACUCUUGGGGUCGUCUCACCCUCCUUCGGGGCUCGCGACCGACGGGAUCAUUCGGGUCCAGCCCAAAUCCGAGCUGAAGCCGAGCGAACUGAAGCCCCUGAGCAAGGACGACUUGGGCACGCAUGCCUACAGGUGCGAGGACUGUGGGAAAUGCAAGUGCAAGGAGUGCACCUACCCCAGGCCCCUGCCUUCGGACUGGAUCUGUGACAAGCAGUGCCUCUGCUCCGCGCAGAACGUCAUCGACUACGGAACCUGCGUGUGCUGCGUGAAGGGCCUCUUCUAUCACUGUUCUAACGACGACGAGGACAACUGCGCCGACAACCCGUGCUCCUGUACCCAGUCCCACUGCUGCACCCGGUGGUCCGCUAUGGGGGUCAUGUCGCUCUUCCUACCCUGCCUGUGGUGUUACCUCCCGGCCAGGGGCUGCCUGAAGUUGUGUCAGGGGUGUUAUGACCGGGUCAACAGGCCCGGCUGUCGCUGUAAAAACUCCAACACGGUGUGCUGCAAAGUCCCCAGUGUCCCACCCAGGAACUUCGAGAAGCCAACAUAGCGCUAUCAAUCAGGAAUGCCCCAGUACUAAGGAUUAUAACUUUUAACACACAUAUGCAACUGACUAAACAGCUAUAGUCUUGGCACUGUUGGGAGAGGGUUGGGAUAGUCUUCGCAGUUUGCAGUGUGAAAUGCUUUUUUGUGUGUGUGCCAUCUUAACUGAUAUGCUUGUUAGAACACAGCUAAAUGGAGCUCGGAAUAUGGGAUUCAGAACUUCGUGACCCACAUAUUGCAUAAGCUAAAGCAACACAGACACUCCUAGGCAACCCUAUUGUUUGUGAAUAGUACUUGCAAAAUUUGUAAAUUAGCAAAUGACUCUUUUUUCCAUUGUUUUCUGCCAGAGAUAAUGUGCUAUAUUUUUGUACAUACAAUAAUAUUUGCAACUGUGAAAAACAAGUUGUGUCAUAGUGCGUGGCACGGUCACAAAAUAUUAUACUAAUAUGUUGUACAUUCGGAAGAAUGUGAAUCAAUCGGUAUGUUUUUAGAUUGUAUUUUUGCCUUACAGAAAACCCUUUAUUACAAGACUCUGAUUUCCCUUUGGACUUCAUGUAUAUUGUACAGUUACAGUAAAAUUCAACCUUUAUUUUCUAAUUUUUUUCAACAUAUUGUUUAGUGUAAAGAAUAUUUAUUUGAAGUUUUAUUAUUUUAUAAAAAAGAAGAAUAUUUAUUUUAAGAGGCAUCUUACAAAUUUCACCCCUUUCUAUGAGAACAGGAUAGUUGCUGCAAAUGAGGGGUGACAGAUGCAUAUGUUCAAUAUAAAAUAGAAAAUAUAUUAACGUUUGAAAUUAAA